ACUGAAGAGUUCCGACAGUAUUUGGUGAACUGCAUCACUUGAUCUGCCUUCAUUGCUACUAGAGGACUUUCAAUCCGUUGUUGUUGUUGUUUUUCGGUGCGCGUAUUUACGCAUUCAAAACUUCAAUAACAGAAGCGUUUUUUUCAAUUAUCGCUUAUUUAGUUUCACUCAAGCGUCCUUUGGACAGGAGAUAUGGAGUUGGUGUAUCUGAUGUGUUUGGCGCUGAGCAUCGGUGCUUGGUUCGCUUGUGCAGAGAGGCACAGCGUCUACUGGAACGGCUCGAACCCAAACUUCCUGUGGGAUGAGUACACAGUGGAAGUGCGUAUUAACGACUAUCUGGACAUCAUCUGCCCCCACUACACCCACGGUGAGGUGUCAUCGCAUGCAGCUGAGCGCUACGUUCUGUACAUGGUGGAGAAGGAAGACUACGAGGUGUGCAAGCCUCACUCCUUUGACCAGCUGCGUUGGGAGUGCUCACGGCCGUUCGCUCCCCAUGCCCCCGAGAAAUUCUCAGAGAAAUUCCAGCGUUUUACCCCCUUUACCCUGGGCAAGGAAUUCAGACAGGGAGAAAGCUAUUAUUAUAUCUCCAAGCCAAUGCAUCACCAUGGCCAGGAUUGUCUAAGGCUGAAAGUGGAUGUUGCCGGGAAUAGCGGCUCUGCAAAGACCAAUGUAGAAAAAUCCAAGGCAGAAAAUACAGGAAAGAGCUCAGAUGGAGGCAAAGGGAAGUUACCCUCUGGAGGAGUUCACAACCCUUCUAACCGGCUCCCAGCAGAUGACCCUGCUGCGAUGGAGCCAAAAGUACAGAGGAGCGUCGGCAGUUCACAAGCAAAGCUGGUCUCCUUUUCCCUCGUCUUUACCCUGCUCCCAGCCCUGUUAGCCCUGAUGCUACACUAAGACUGAGCAGGAUGCUGAAACAGAGACAAUGUCAACUCAAUGCCGGUCAUUGGGACCAUGAAUGAACACAGAUUUUUUUAUACAGAUUUUUUAUACGAGCAUGGACAGUGCUGUGAGUGUGCGUUUGCGUGUUUAUUUGUGUGAAUGUGGAACGUGGAUCGUUCCAAAGAAGAGGACCUUUUUUAUUAGCUUAUAACGAGGAUGGAAAUUCUCCUUUAUGAUCGUUUAAGAUGCACUCUUUUUUUAAAGUCAUUACGAACAAAACUUCAAGCAAACCGAUAAAAUACUUUGUGGAUGAUUAUCAAUGUGAAAAGGACAAGAGGAAUACAUUGUAUUCAUUAUCCCGUGUUUUCAACUUUGGUACAAAUUUGUAUUGUGCUCCCCAUCUCCAAAUGUUAGUCAUUUUUAUUCCUCUACAUGUAGAGAAGUUAUUAAGUCUGUGUAUUGCAAAUGUUGUCCUCAACUUCCAGGACUGUAGGAUUUUUGUCAUGUUGUUGUGUAGCACUCAGCUCCCUAUUGUUCCAUCUGAAGUCUGUUUUCUCUUUCAAGUCUGUCAAAACACCACUGUGAGAUCCACACGGAUACAAAAGCAGUCAAUCUGGUUUAGCUGAACUCCACUGAAAGGAUCUGAUUUCACACAAUCUUUCAGUUCAGCUAUAAGACAACACGGGCUCAUGGGUCAUUAAACACUAAAGUAACAUAAUACAUUUAAUGAAGUGUUUGAUUUGAUUAGAAGAAAUGCACCAGAAUCAAUUAGGAUCCUAAAAAUAUGUAUUAUUUUUUGUGUCCCAAGUCUUUACUAGUCGAUUACAUGUUCUCAUUAGGUAGAGAGCCACUGAUCAGCAGACAAAUAUAUGAAGAUACAUUUGAAAACAAACAUGGGAUUCAGGGAGCUGAGCAUCUUCAGUAUAGGUUAUUCACUCAUUUCUACAUGGUACACUGGCUGAUGUGCAGAUGUGUUUCCAUUUGCACAUAGUCAAACCUCAAACUGAAGGGACUUCCCAGAUUACAUUUACAGUUGUUUGUUUUCUUGUUAAUCAUGCUUCAUUUUGUAACGGUAUAUAUGUGAAUAUGUACAUAGAGAAAACUAUAAGAAACUGUUUUAACAUGUGAAAAUAUCUUAAGUGAAAUAAAAAAACGUGACGUAA